CAUAAAUACUUGUGUGGACUAACAUGAUUAUAUAAAUGAAGGAUCUGUGGAACUGUACAGCUUUACCAGUAACUAUCAUGGGAGAAAGUUGAGCGUCUAGAGCGAGUCUGCUUGUAUGCGUACACAUACCCAAUAUCUGUGAGUUGUCUCUACUCAUGUGUGCGCAUGUGGUACCAUAGAGUCCAAUGGCGGAGCUGAACCCUGUCUCAGACACUCAUGCAAUACUGGAAUCUAUGCUUCAGAAAUUACGACUGAAUGCUCAGACCAACGGUAGCUCAGUCACUGAUAUGCAAACAUGCAGUCCGUCUGGAGAAUGUAAUGCUGGACCAGUGGAAGAUUCAUCUAAAACAACAGUUUAUCAGUUUGGGUUUUGUUCCAACAUUAAAGAGCCAGAUGGAUGCACCUCUGUCUGGAAUAAGUGGGAGAAUCCUUGGACUCAACAAUCAUCUCAUUUUGAGGAUGCAUUGACUCCUGUUGCUAAACAACCGGUCAGAAGGAUCAGUAAAAACAACUCAGGAUUCUCUGGUAAACCUAAACGUUCACUAUUGAUUUGGGGGGAACACAAGAACUUUACAUCAGAGAGGACUGGUGAUGUCACUUCCUGGGUCGGAGACGAUCAGAUGCCCGAGCCGGAGAAGAAGCAACAGUUUUCUCUGGACGGGGAAACCAGCUCAAAUGUGCCAUCUUUAUACAAAACAGAAUCCCUCCAAAACCCUCCUGAUCUUUUAGCUCCAACGCUAACAACAUCAUCUACAGUGUUGGAAAAACCAGAGGUCAGAGGUCAAAGUGGCACGUGGAGUUGGGGUGCUGGAAUUGAGAGAAAUGAAAGCACCAGAUUUCAUGAGCAAUCGGGAAAAACGACAAAGACAAGUAAGAGGAAGUGGGGGGAGGCUAAAAGGUGGGCUCAGAAUGUGAAAGAGAGAUGGAGAGAGAGACACAGAAGCACACUGACCAGACAAAGAGAUGAUGGAGAAAGACAAGCGCAGAAUGAAGUACAAAGUAAUCGCUCUUCGUUAUUGGUGCCCAUCGAUGUGAAUGAAACUCCUACAGCACUCUCUGAGACUACCGAUAUCCAUCAUGAAGAGAUCAGCAGAGCGCUGGACGAAGAUGGCCCUGGUUCACUCAGCUACAUGAGUGACAGUCAGUUCUCAUGUGGCACUACUUCUAAUUUAAUGGAGGAGAUCUUCAGCGGGACGGAGUGGGCUCAGUUUCUCUCAGUUAACAGCACCCAAAUGCACCAAUCGAAAGAGUUACCAAAUACUAAUAACCAAUCACGUGAAGAAGAAUUGCAAAGUAAAUGGACUCAUGACGACACAACCGAUUCCCAUUUAGAUUCGACUCAGCUUUCGCUUCCAGAGAGCUUUGAACAAGACAUGGCCUCCGAUAAACAAACCGAGACGUCUCAAAUGAGUGUUACUGAUCUCCCCACAAAUCCAUUACAAACUGACCCGUUUACAAACCAGUCACAAAACACCAAUCUGAACCCCAAUGAGCAAUCAAAUGGACAGUCACAUUUUUCCCAGCUUGGUCCAAAUGAAUCAAAGGCAACUGAGCAUAGCGAUCCACAGCCGACGUCUAGUCAAGUGUCCGACCCCAGCCAUAACCUGCCACAAGAUGGGACAGAGGAUUUUAUACCCCUCCUUGACCUUUCAUAUGCUAAGUCAAUAAAAAGAUCAUCUGUAACAUCCCAUGGAUCUCUGAGCCGAAAAAGAGAGCACUGGACAAAAAGCCGGGAAUCGUUUGAACACACAACACAAGAGAUGGAGGACGAGGAGAACGGCGACUCUUUCACAGCUGCACAGCUAUCUUCAAACUCUGUCCGCAGCCCUUCACCCGCGUCUCCCCUCAACUCACUGAACUCAAUCUCUCAAGACUCAGAGUCCUCUGAAACUUUGGAGACUGCGGUCAAAAAGAGGAGGAUGGAAGACACUCGACGCGUUCGGUUCUCUGAGGAGGUUAUCAUCUUACCGCCCACCUACUUGCCAGAGUCUGAUGAUGAUGAUGAAGAUGAAGAAGAAGAAAAUGAUAAUGAUUGGCAGGAAGAACCUUCUCCCCGUCAUUCUUUCCCUAAGUGGAUUGUGUCUUUAAAACCCAAAAGUGGAAAGUACAAAUUUUAAAUCUCUUCACAUCUGACUCCACCUUUGAAAUUUUGCAGCUUGCAUAAACUGAGAUUUCUGAGGCAAGAGCGACGCAGCACAAAUAAUCGACAAUUAUCAUUAUUACAUUCUGAAAAAAAUCAUUUUAAUGAGACUGUGAUA